AUGGGUUUUGUGGGCUUUAUCAAUCAGAUGUUAAUGAUGAAAUGGGAUCAAGGCCCUAGUCUAAUCACAGGCUAUAAGAAGUGUGCGUUGGCCCAAGGUGGAUGCACUUGGAGCUUGGCAAAUGAAGGGUGGGUGUGUGAAUCAUUGAAUAUUGGACCCAUCUAUGGAAUGGAUAUGGACGCAGUGUCUGGGAAAUUUUGGAAGCAUCGGAUAAUGCAAGAGCCAGAGACAUAA